GAGGAAGUGUGUGUGUGUGUGUGUGUGAGAGUGAGUUAGUUGUGUAGGCUACACUCGUGUCCAAGCGUGCUUUGCUUAUCUUAGUACUGUCCCCGGUCGGGAUCAAAGGUCUCAUGGAGUUUUUAUAGCCCGUGCGCGUGCGGUGCAUUUUAAUCGAGUCGCGCUUCUGUUACAAGCUUGUAGCUUAUUUAUUUGAAUUACGCAACAAGUUUUAAAAACAAACAAACCAAAAAAAAGCAAUGUUUCCGUGCACAUGCGCGAGACCAGGAGUGCGCCGUGUGAUGAGUUUUCCUCCUCUCUCUCCUCUGGGGUCUCCCAUCAGGACUUUCUCUGUAGGUCGGAGCCGACUCGCGUGGGGGAAGAUGGCCGAGAACAAGGCGCUCAGCCAGCGCAGGAAGGUGCUCACUAUUGACACGAUGAACGCCAAUGUGAAGAAGGUGGAGUACGCGGUGCGAGGACCCAUCGUGCAACGCGCCGUGCAGCUGGAGAAGGAGCUGAGAGAGGGAGUGAAGAAACCCUUUGACGAGGUCAUCAAAGCUAACAUCGGAGACGCCCAUGCCAUGGGACAGCAACCCAUCACCUUCUUCAGACAGGUCUUGGCACUGUGCUCGUAUCCAGAUCUGCUAGAUGAUAACAAGUUUCCUGAUGAUGCCAAAGAUCGUGCACGGAGCAUUCUGAAGGCGUGUGGAGGAAGCAGUAUCGGUGCAUACACUGCGAGUCAAGGUAUCGACUGCAUUAGGCACGACGUGGCCUGCUACAUUGAGCGCCGUGACGGCGGGAUCUCCUGUGACCCAGACAACAUCUAUUUGACCACAGGCGCCAGCGAUGGCAUCGUCAUCGUGAUGAAGUUGCUGACAGCAGGUGAGGGUCGCACCCGUACAGGUGUGAUGAUCCCGAUCCCUCAGUAUCCUCUGUACUCGGCCACGAUAUCCGAGCUGGGCGCCGUGCAGAUUAACUACUACCUGAACGAGGAGAAGUGCUGGAGUCUGGACAUCACCGAGAUGCAGCGCUCCCUACAGGCCGCCAGAGAGCACUGCAACCCGCGGGUCCUGUGUAUCAUCAACCCAGGCAACCCAACAGGUCAGGUACAGAGCAGAGAGUGCAUCGAGGACGUGAUCCGAUUCGCUGCCAAGGAGCAUCUCUUCAUCAUGGCUGACGAGGUGUAUCAGGAUAACGUGUACGCCGAGGGCUGUGCCUUCCACUCUUUUAAGAAGGUGCUAUUUGAGAUGGGCCCUGAAUUCUCCAACACAGUGGAGCUGGCCUCGUUCCAUUCCACCUCCAAGUGUUACAUGGGAGAGUGCGGUCUACGAGGCGGUUAUAUGGAGGUGAUCAACAUGGACCAGGAUGUGAAGGCUCAGCUCCUUAAGCUGGUGUCCGUGCGUCUGUGUCCCCCUGUGCCAGGUCAAGCGCUCGUGGCCCUGGUGACCAACCCUCCUCGGCCUGGAGAGCCGUCACACGCUCAGUUCAUGAAGGAGCGCACGGCCACGCUGAAUGACCUUGCACAGAAGGCCAAGCUGACUGAGGACAUUCUGAACAUGGUGCCCGGGAUCAGGUGCAACCCCGUGCAGGGGGCGAUGUACUCGUUCCCUCGCAUCAUGCUGCCCGAGGGCGCCGUAAAAGAGGCUAAGGAGAAUGGUGAGGAACCAGAUAUGUUCUAUUGUAUGAAGCUCCUGGAAGAGACCGGGAUCUGUUUGGUCCCUGGCAGCGGGUUUGGGCAAAAAGAUGGAACGUAUCACUUCAGGAUGACCAUCCUACCACCGGCUGCUAAACUCAAGAUUUUGCUCAAUAAAGUGAAAGAGUUCCAUCAGCGAUUCACCAAGCAGUACUCUUAAUACGUCCUCUCAACUUUCUCAACCGGGUUGGCCAGCCAAGUGCCUGAAGCUGCCAUUUCUGACUCCGAAAGUGUAAAAUCCCAUUUUCACAAACUGGUUUUUGCACACUGAUGUAGCAAUGGUUAACUAGAGGGGUUAGAUUAUUAGCACUACGUGUGAAAAGAGAGUUUACUUUCUAAAAGUCUGAUUUAUGAAAUUUGUGUAUGGAAAAUAGUGUGAGUGCGCGUGUGAGUGCGCGUGUGAGUGCGCGUGUGAGUGCGCGUGUGAGUGCGCGUGUGAGUGCGCGUGUGAGUGCGCGUGUUAAAGGACUUAGCCAAGUAAUUACUGCUGGACAAAGCCUAGUCUUGCAUUUUAUAAUUAAUUUAGGAUGUAAUAUUAAAUGUUUUAUCCUGUUUAUAUAACCAUUUUAAUUAUUUUAAUGUCUAAUAAAUCAGAUCAUUUUACAUGAAAUGUUCUCGUUUCCUUUCGGGUGCAACACAAACCUGUGACCACGGGAGGGCGCACUCGCCUCGACUGAAUCGUUGGACUGUUCAUAACAAUGGCACAAAUCUUUGCAUUGUAAAGCAUUCGCAAGUGAGACGGUCUCACCUCACCUCACCUCACAGCAUUCUGUCUAUCCGAGUGGAGUCAGAGGAGGACAUGAGGACGAAAAGGGCAUAAAAAUCACACAGCGAGAAGAAGAACCAGACUGCCAAUCAGCGACUAUUGUUCUGUUCAUCUCUCGCCUUGAACUCUGAUCUUCGCUCCGCGGCAUGCCUUACGUACACUACCAUUUGGAUACGGAACGUUCCGGUGAUGGCUGCCGUCAUUUCAGUUCAGUUAAUUGGCUCGGAGAGAGCUCAAAAUAGUGCCAAACAACAGCUCAGGUGGAGGAAACGGCGACGGAGAGCAGCGCAACGAAGAGAAACCAUCCGUCGUUUACGAGGUGAUGCCGAUUCACGUCAACAUGAACGGGAAGGAAUAAAACACAACAGGGCACGCUGAAGUUGAUUCGUUUCCUUUAACAGCAUGUUCCUUUGUGGUUUCUUCCUCAUAGUCCUGGCCAUAGCAAUUCACCAAUGCUGACAUUUUUAUUUAUUU